AGUGCACGGCCCACGAAUCCGAAUAAUCCCCAACCCAGAGAAAAUAAGCAAAAAAGACAAGAAAGGAGAAACCGCUCGACAGCUCGAGGUUCUUCCUCUUCCUCUUCACUUUCGCGUUACCUGCUCAUCCCAAAUUCACCCACCGAAACCCUCGAGUCCGCCGCGGACCGUGCGAUUCCGGCUUCCAAGCACCACGCCGCCUGACCGCGCUGCAGUUCCCGGGGGCUGCCGCCGCCAGCCCCCCCACCCCCCCCCCAGUGGAGCUGGGCCGCUGGAGUGGUUUGGAGUGGAGAUCCAUCCGGAGUAGAAUCUUGGCAAGAUGAGGGAGCUGCGCGUCGUUUUGCUGAUUCUAGUGAUAUCUUUGCCGUGCUUCUCUGCAUCCGAUCGCCAAGGGGAUGCUUUAUAUGAUAUGAAACAAAAACUGAAUGUUACUGGCGGUCAGCUCUCCGAUUGGAACCAAAAUCAAGUAAACCCUUGUACAUGGAAUUCUGUCAUUUGUGACAAUAGCAACAAUGUCAUUCAAGUAACAUUGGCUGCACGAGGAUUCACUGGUGUUUUGUCACCAAGAAUUGGAGAACUACAAUAUUUGAGUGUCCUGUCAUUGGCCGGUAACAGGAUUACCGGUAGCAUACCAGAGCAGUUUGGUAAUCUUUCUAGUUUGACAAGCUUAGAUUUAGAAGAUAACCUUUUGGUUGGAGAAAUACCAGAUUCUCUUGGCAAGCUUUCUAAGCUACAGCUGUUGAUACUGAGUCAAAACAAUUUUAAUGGGCCAAUUCCUGAUAGCAUAGCAAACAUUUCAAGCUUGACAGACAUCCGCCUGGCAUAUAAUAAUUUGUCCGGUCAGAUACCUGAUCUUCUGUUUCAAGUAGCACGGUACAACUUUUCUGGUAAUCACUUAAAUUGUGGAUCCAACUUCCCCCAUUCUUGUACAUCUAGCAUGUCCUAUCAGAGUGGAUCCCAUAGCUCAAAAAUUGGCUUAAUACUUGGAACCGUUGGAGGAGUAAUAGGGCUUCUUAUCAUAGUAGCUCUGUUUCUAAUCUGUAAUGCAAGGAGGAAAAGCCAUCUGCGGGAUGUUUUCGUGGAUGUAUCAGGCGAGGAUGAUAGACAGAUUGCAUUUGGCCAGCUCAAAAGAUUUGCGUGGCGAGAACUGCAGAUUGCAACUGAUAAUUUCAAUGAAAGAAAUGUUCUCGGACAGGGAGGUUUUGGGAAGGUCUACAAGGGAGUUCUUCCAGAUGGCACUAAGAUUGCUGUAAAACGAUUGACUGAUUAUGAGAGUCCUGGUGGGGAGGCUGCUUUCUUGCGUGAGGUGGAGCUCAUUAGUGUUGCAGUUCACCGCAAUCUUCUAAGGUUGAUUGGCUUCUGCACGACACAAACAGAGCGCCUACUGGUCUAUCCAUUUAUGCAGAAUUUAAGUGUUGCUUACCGCUUAAGAGAUUUUAAGCCCGGAGAACCCAUCUUAGACUGGCCUGCAAGGAAACGGGUGGCUAUAGGUACAGCACGUGGACUUGAGUAUUUGCAUGAGCACUGCAACCCCAAGAUCAUACACCGUGAUGUCAAAGCUGCGAAUGUUUUGCUUGACGAGGAUUUUGAGCCUGUUGUUGGUGAUUUUGGCCUCGCUAAGCUAGUAGAUGUGCAGAAGACAUCCGUGACAACACAAGUCCGCGGAACUAUGGGUCACAUAGCACCUGAGUACCUGUCCACAGGGAAGUCGUCUGAGAGGACUGAUGUUUUUGGCUACGGGAUCAUGCUUCUUGAGCUUGUGACUGGCCAGCGCGCUAUUGACUUCUCACGUUUGGAGGAAGAAGAUGAUGUGCUACUGCUUGAUCAUGUAAAGAAGCUACAGAGAGAAGGGCAUCUGGGCUCCAUUGUGGACCGCAACCUGAAUCAGAAUUACGAUGAGGAGGUUGAGAUGAUGAUACAGAUAGCAUUGCUGUGCACGCAGGCAUCACCUGAGGACCGGCCAUCCAUGUCAGAAGUGGUUCGAAUGCUGGAAGGAGAGGGCUUGGCAGAGAGGUGGGAGGAGUGGCAGCAGGUGGAGGUGACGAGGAGGCACGAGUAUGAGCGGAUGCAGCGGAAGUUUGACUGGGGCGAGGACUCCAUCUACAACCCAGAAGCGAUAGAGCUGUCUGCAGGUAGAUGAAAAUCAGCAGCAAUGGGUGUGCAUGAAUGCAGUGCAACCCGUGUGUGUACUGUAUGUAACCGUUGUUGUCUGUGGAGUAGAUAUUAGAUAGAUAUGUUGAUAAGAUGAUUCAAACAAACUUGUUGAGCAAUAGCAUGAAUGUGGAUGAAAUGGGCCGGAUAAAUGGAAGUAGAUAGAUUAUUGUAACUGUAUUAAUUUUGUUGGUCAUAACCGAACCUAGGCAGUGUUUGUGCGCCAUGGACGUGCUUAACAUUCAUCUGUAGUCGCCAACUGUGGAUAAGUCAGCGUAUACUAUUAUUUUCUUCCUCUUGAA